AUGACUACAGCAUCCUCAAAGACCUCCUGGGCCUUGAAGAAGCAAGUCCUUGUUUCUUUGCCCAAGGGAGAUAGUCCUUGUUUGGCUAAGUUUUACAUCAAUUACGAUGGAGAAGCUAAUCAAGGCACCAUAUCACUCAAUUUCAAAGCAAACUUGGCUAACUCGAGAGGCAAAGUAGAGCAAUUUUCAUUUAUUAUCCCACCAAGCGCAGUCGAAAGGUACAAAGUUGUACAGCCCACCACUGAAACACUUUUCCCAGAAUCCUUUUUGGCGGAACUCCCAGCCCAGACGCAUUGUAUCUCGACGGUUGUAACACUGGCACUUCAGCUGCAUGAAAUGGGUACUGUUGCUGGUCCGCCUCUCAUACAGCCCCCUAAUAAAGAAGAUCCGAAUCUCGCCGCGCUUAGAAAGAUCUGCAAAUCCAGUUCUCUAUAUAUACACUUUACCCAGCGACAAUUCAACAACGGUGAACUCGAUCGGCUCAAGACCUUUUUCUUUACACUAAAAGAAGGACUUCGGCCGAAGAUUUUCAACCAUGCUCGCAAAGGCAGAAUCGAGAGAGAUGGCCAUGUCUUUGGGAAGAUGCUUGAUCCUCCCCCAUACUCUGAGGAAUUCGAGCCCGAGCAGUUGCAGGGAACGGAUCUACCCUCAUAUAAACACCACUCGAAAGGAGUGCACGUGGGUGGAAAACGGCGCCGAGACCACUCAUCAAUCCCACCCGAGGAUGACAGACGAACAAGACAUGUUCUUACAUCUCCAGAGCCUUCGUGUUAUUCAACCGAACCUAAUACACCAAGUAUUCCAUCUCCAUCCCCAUUAUCGGCCUCAAUCCAAGCAACCCACUUUACGCGUGCUUCAUCACUCAGCCGCAUGGAACACGAUACACUUGCCCGUAUUGAGAAUCUGCUCCAGGGGGCUUCCGAUGAUCUAAUCCGUCACUUAUUGACUCGCCUGGGAUGCCGAUGUCCGCAGACUAGACCUAAACCUGUAGAGAGCAAACUAUCAUUCAAGUCCGAUGCACUUAGUUCUACCAAGGGCGGGCAGAUUGAUCCCGGCGUCCAAGAAUACAUCGAUCGGGCGAUUGCGGACCAUUUCCAGUCCGAUAACCUCAAGAUGAUCUUCGAUAGUAUGAUGGACAAGGGGGUGGAUCAGGUCUUCGAUGCAUGUAAAAUGCACGAAACCGAGUUCCGCGAGCAGGUGGAGGAAUGUAAUUCCGAGGUACGCAUUACCGCCAAUGAAUGUGUGAAGGACAUACAAGAACAAGUACAAAAGUGUAUGGACGAGAUAGAUGAGCAUGUGCAACAGUGCAUGGAUGAUAUCAAGGUUCAGGGAGAGGAGGUGGAGAUGUCUGCGGAGGAGGCAAAGGCAAAUGUUGCUCGAUUCAAGCGCUGGUUUGACAUGCCGUCUGGCCAGGUCCGCUUCGGUAGCAAGUCAAGCCCUACGAGCCAUGAGCUCAGCACUACCACUGCUAAGUGA